CCCUCGCUCGGGGUGAAAAGAACAACAAGGAAGUGACAGAAAGCGUUUGUUUUUUGUGUUGUGUGUCUAAUAAAGUCGCCGUUUAUUGUCUGCUUAUAUGUUUUAUCUGUGAGUGUGAGUUUAAGAUAAUGUUAGCCACAGUGUAGGUGACUCAGUAAACCAGCUGUCAGACUGUAGUGAGCUCGUUGCUACUGUUAAAACAUCAGUCUGUAGAAGAAGAAUGGCAGACGAGGCUCCUUUCCAGUUUCUACAUCACGAGUUGAUUCAGUACAUCUACAAGACGGCAGAAAACGGAGAGGCGGAAAAUGGGAGAAAUAUCACCAAACUGGAGAACAUGGGCUUCAGAGUGGGUCAAGGACUGAUGGAGAGACUGACAAAAGAGACGGCCCGGUUCAAAGACGAGCUGGACGUCAUGAAGUUCAUCUGUAAAGACUUCUGGACCUGUGUGUUCAAGAAGCAAAUAGACAACCUGAGAACCAAUCACCAGGGCAUCUAUGUUCUGCAGGACAACAAGUACAGAUUGCUGAGUCAGCUGUCAGCGGGGAAACAGUAUCUGGAUCUAGCUCCAAAGUACCUGGCCUUCACCUGCGGCCUGGUGAGAGGAGCUCUGUCCAACCUGGGAGUGAAGAGUAUUGUGACGGCCGAGGUCUCCAUCAUGCCUGCAUGUAAAUUCCAGGUAAUGAUCCAAAAGAUGUAGCCGCCAUCAGACGCCUGCACACACACUGCGCUCAUUAAUGCCUUCUUAUAUCUUAAAGUUGUUGUCGGGGGGAAAAGGGAAGUGCUCUUUAUUAUCUGUAUAAAACACUCGUCUUUACACUCUGAGGAUCACAGAGAUGAUAUGUCAAUAUUAUCCUACUUGAACAACUCUUUCCAGUGCCAUGGUGAUUCAUUAUGAGAUUGAUUAUAUAGUUUUAUUCUCUUCUUGUUAUAAAGCUCAAAAAAUGAUCAGAAGAUGAAAUAUUGUAUGUAUGGUUGACACCAUCUAGUGGCGUUUAGAAAAACUACUUGAUGACCGUCAGACCUCUUACUCACUAAACUGUUUAUCAUUUUUAAAUCAUUAUAAUAUAUUGAUUCAAAUCUGUAUGUGUAUAAAAAAUACAAUAUAUAUACAUUAAAAAACACUGCAAGUUAAUAAAGAA